CCGGGCUGGUGCUGCCUUUGGCGGAGUGUCGCCGUCGGUCGGUUCCCGUGGAGAGCGCAGCGGAGCCUGCAGGGACCCGCCGCCGCCGCUCGGUGUGUGUUUGUGCGUUUCUCUCCGCGGCGGUUACACACGUUACACACGGGAUUAGCUGAUUAACGCUCCGGUACCGGGGAGUUGGAUGUGUGUUUUGCCUCACAGGAGUCACCUGGAGUCCGGGCGGAGAGACGGAGCCGAUGGCGCAACGGUAUGAAGACCUGGCCCACUACGGGCUGGAGGGGGUGGGUGGGGUGUACGGAGACCCUCACCACCAUCACCACCACCAUGCCGCUGCAGCCCGCUCCCUGCAGGCCGUGCACCUGGCUGCUGCCGCUGCUGCUGGCCCCUACCCUCCACACCAGUACGCCCAGUCCAACCACAGCAGCGGCAGCAUGGCUGCCACAGCUGGGGACGCCGUCAAGAGGGACAAAGACGCCAUUUAUGGACAUCCUUUAUUCCCUCUGCUCGCACUGAUCUUUGAAAAAUGUGAAUUGGCGACCUGCACGCCAAGAGAGAGUGGCGUGGCCGGGGGAGACGUCUGCUCCUCGGACUCCUUCAACGAGGACAUCGCCGUCUUUUCCAAACAGCGGCCUCACCAUCCUGCAGGUCAACAACUGGUUCAUCAACGCGAGGCGGCGCAUCGUUCAGCCGAUGAUCGACCAGUCCAACAGAGCAGUGAGCCAGGCAGGACCGUACGGCCCAGAUGGUCAGCCAAUGGGAGGCUUCGUUAUGGACGGACAGACACACAUGGGAAUCAGACCACCUGGACUCUUAUCAGCCGGUCAGGCGUGGAGCAGGACCUCACGCCUCCUCACCCGUCUUCCUCUCAACCCUCACCCCCCCUGCGGGCAUCUACCUGGCCCGAUAGGGAAACACCUGACAGCCGCUGCGUCUCCAUGGCCACCGGAGACGCUCUGUGACUUAAAAAGUUGGAACAGCUGAAGCACAAACACAAAGACGAUGUGGCGACAGAUGGAAGGAAUCAUAAACAGCUGCGCGGAGGAGUCUUCUGGAUCCCAAACGCCGACGUGGCGUCUCUGGAUUUGAUCAUUUCCUGUGACGUCAGCAGACCCAACUGAUUUAACCUUCUGUUCAUCUCUGGACUACAACUACGGAAGCCUCAAAUGGACUCUUUGACACCAGCAGAGCAUCCUCCUCUCCUCCUCUCCAGCAGUUGAACACAUGAAGCUGAUGUCUGUAUUUCCCCUCGAGGCGUUCUCUUCAGGACGCGUCAACAAACCUUUUUUCAAGAGGCUGAAACUCUGGAAAAUGGCGGGCAGAGGUCACGUGACUGUGGACUCUCAGACGAUGAGAGACGAGUCGUGACGAGUUCUCUGCUGCUGACUUUUGCAUAACGUGUUUUUAAAGAAAAGGACUUGUACUGUUUCACUUUUCACACUGUGUGUGUUUGUCUUUUUUCAUAGACUUCUAUCUUCCCUCGAGCCCCACAAACCUUUGACUUUGAAAAUAAAAAAGUGAAGCAAA